AACUAGAAACACUGUACAUGAUAUUUAAAAAAGAAAAGAAAUUAGAAGAAUAUAAAUUUUGAUAAGUAGGCUGAGUGAAUAAAUCUUUGUAGGCCAAGCAAGUAAGGUAUAAAUCUAACAAGAAUCAGAAUUCGAUCUCCAGUAUAAAUUUUGCAGCUCAGCAGAUUUAGGGAGAAAACCCCAAUUGAGCUGGCAGUCUAUUUUCUAUCAUUUUUUCUCUAUCUAAUAAAACACCAGUUCAACCUCUUCUUAUGUAGUCUUGUUUGUGAGUCAGAAAAGAAAUGGGAGAAUGGGAAAAUAUGAAACCUUCAGAUCAAACUUCACAACUAGUAUUCAAACCACUAAUGAUUUCUAUGGUUGGAAUAGCAUUCACAGCUCUAGCAAUCGUGACAUACCAGUUCAUUAUAACCAAGUACUGUGUACGAAGACGCGAAUCGAUGAUAGAAAGAAAUGAAUUAAGAAGUCAUCAAGCUAUGGUUAAUCGCGGUGUUGACGAAAACGUACUUAAAGCUAUUCCGAUUAUAACUUAUCAUCAUCAACAACAACAACAAAGUAGAGAUGAAGAAGAAGAAGUCUUUUGUGUGGAUCAAACUGAGUGUUCUGUUUGUUUAGGUGAUUUACAAGAAGGUGAUAUGCUAAGAUUAUUACCUAACUGUAAACAUGUUUUUCAUGUUCCUUGUAUUGAUCAAUGGUGGUUAACUCAUUCUACUUGUCCGAUAUGUCGUUCCCCUGUCACGGGACGGAACGAUGACUCCGUAUGUCUUCAAAUACAAGACGAAGGAGAUGAAGAAGGUCUAGUUAGUAAUCAACAUAAUCAACAACAACAACAUAACUGCGGCGAAGAGACUAAUAAUAAUGAAGGUGGGAAUUCUUCUAUAAUGGUAGGUUCAAAACUUAGACAUUGUGUGUCACUUAUAUGGCCGGCUAAUUAUGAUGAUGAGGUUAGAAAACAACAAUCUCUGCCUAAAACUGUUUUAUUAAAGAGAUCCAUGUCUGUGGAUUGUUCUUUUGUUUGCAUUAAAAUACAACCGAGAACCGAUUCAUCUUCUUCGUCAUCGUCAUCUUCGGGGAAGACUACUUCAAAGUAAUUAGUCAUCGAUACCGGUAGUACCUAGAGGGUUCAUAAAUCACGAUCAUUGAUCGAUUAUGAUAUUGAGAAUGAUAAGUUGAAUUUACCCUGUUGAAUUGGUAACAAAUUACACAAGUAAGAACAGGUUUUUGUGUAUAACAAGAUAUUACAAAAGUUAAUCAUCAUAUUCUUUAAUCUUUCUUUCGAGUCA